GGUCACUCUAAUCGAGUCGGAAAACAAAGUCGGACGUCUAGCUGCGCGUCGCUCCCGAAGAACUGUUAAUUUGUGGACGCUUUUUCGCGAGUGCAGACAUAAAUGAAAGCAACAUAUCUUUAGCUCCAUUCCAGACUGGAUCAUAGGCUAUAGCCCGUUAGAGCAGUGCCAGUGAAUCGGUUACCGAAUUAUAAUCUCGCUCUGCGUCGGCUGAGUGGUAAUGUUGAAUGGACAGUCGCGUCUAACAAAAAAAAAAAAAAACAAGUACACACAACCAACGACGAAUGCACAUAAACAAGACGAGACAGCAAACGCAGAAUCGAGUGAAAACCUAUUUUAAAACACCAGAGCUAUAUUUAUUUUGUUGACGCUCAGGAUUUUCGGUCCUCGCAUUUGUGAUGUCUGCGGGUGCGUGUGAGUGCGCGAGUGCGAAUGUGUUGGUUGCAUAUCACGGCGGAUGCGAAUAACUGCAAUUGCAAUAGAGAGCAGACACAUACACACAAACACAAGCAUAAUUGGAUUAUGGCCACACGGCAAUAAGAACGGAGGGAGAGAGAGAGAGCAGUCGCCAAAACCAAACGGACUUCCAACUGCGAGCGCUUCCAGUGCAGCUUCCAACACAAUUGCAACGUGCCAAGAAUCGAAGAACAAUCAAAUGCAUUCCAAAUAUCCAACAACUAAAUACACAAGUUUCUCUAUUACGAAGCAAGCAAAAAGUGAUUGAUAGUUAGUUCUCCACAAUUUUUUUUCCUGUUUCAAAAUUUUUAAAAUUGUCAAAUUCAGACCUAUGGGUCCCAUAAAUGUUUCGUGCUGCGUUCCAUAAGCAAACACUAAAAUAUAUCAUCCGUUGAACAAAUCGUGCCCGUCUAACUGUCGCGUCAAUCCGCUAACUAUUGUCUUGCGAUGAACGACACCAUGGUGUAGCCAAGAGAACAUCAGCAUUAGCCAAACCACACAGUUCCCAACUCGAUCCCCAGAGAUCCAUCACCCCCACAACAAGCAGGCAAGGCGAGGUCGUCCAACGCCAAAAAAAAACAAACUUAAACCAACUUCACAUACACAUCCGGUUACGACAGCAACAUACGUCGUAGCUGAUAAACAUGAGCCUGAAUCAGCACAGUGGACCCGGCCCGCCGUCGGAGAUCUGCGGAUUAUCGGUGGACCAGGUGGACUCAUCGGCCGCCUCCCCUUUCAUCUGGCCGAGCACAGCGGGUAUGUGCACCACCGCCACCACCGUCACAACAUCGACCAAUGGAGACGCCACCGCGGAAGCACCAGUGAAACAUCAGCCGCUCCACAACGGCGGCUGGAUCGGAAAUGGUCUUCCGCCGGCGCCCGUGACGCGGACCAUAUCAUCGGAUCGCCUGGUCACCGGCAGCUCGUGUCGGGCGCUGCGCACUGCCGUCUCAGCAUUAUACUCCGUGGAUGACUUCGUCAAGGAGAAAAUUGGAUCGGGAUUCUUCUCGGAGGUUUACAAGGUCACACAUCGUACAACCGGCCAGGUGAUGGUGCUCAAGAUGAAUCAGUUGCGGGCCAAUCGACCGAAUAUGCUGCGGGAGGUGCAGCUGUUGAAUAAACUUUCGCAUGCGAAUAUAUUGAGCUUCAUGGGCGUUUGCGUGCAGGAGGGCCAACUGCACGCCCUGACCGAGUACAUCAACGGCGGCUCCCUGGAGCAGCUGCUGGCCAACAAGGAGGUGGUGCUCAGCGCCACGCAGAAGAUAAGACUGGCGCUGGGUAUAGCGCGCGGCAUGUCCUACGUUCACGACGCGGGCAUCUUUCACAGGGAUCUGACGAGCAAGAAUGUACUUAUUCGCAAUCUGGCCAACGAUCAGUACGAAGCUGUAGUGGGUGACUUUGGUCUAGCCGCAAAGAUACCAGUCAAAUCAAAAUCACGCCUUGAGACAGUCGGCUCACCGUAUUGGGUCAGUCCGGAGUGCCUGAAGGGCCAGUGGUACGAUCAGACAAGCGAUGUCUUCUCCUUUGGCAUCAUUCAAUGCGAGAUCAUAGCCCGCAUCGAAGCGGACCCGGAUAUGAUGCCGCGCACGGCGUCGUUUGGACUGGACUACCUGGCAUUUGUAGAAUUGUGUCCGAUGGACACUCCUCCUGUGUUUUUACGUCUGGCCUUCUACUGCUGUCUGUACGAUGCCAAGAGCCGACCCACGUUCCACGAUGCCACCAAAAAGUUGACUUUGCUGCUGGAGAAAUACGAGCACGAGUCGUCGGCCGGAGCAAGUCCACUCAGUUCCCUGGAGUUGAUCAACUGCUCACCAGGAGGCAGCGAUUCGGAGAACGUAACGUUGACACCCCGAGCAUCAGUACCCACGGUGGCCACUAUUUGUACUGCUCCUGCUGGCACUUUAACACCGCGCCAUCUACAGGAAGUGGACGAGGACGGCUUCCGAUUUCCAAGUAAAAAGUCUGCUUCGGCUGCGCUUCCGGGCACGCCAAAUGGAUCUGCUGGAAGCAGUGGCUUUGAUGAUCAUAUACUGAAGUCUAGAGUGCGACGGGCUACUCAGAAGUUGGAGGCCGAGAUCUUGUUGCACCGGCGUUCGCUAAGCGAGAACAUCAUCCACUUCCCCAUGCACACGUCGCCAAGUGACAAGGCGCGGUGUCAUCAGAUGCAGCGACAGCGCUCCUCAACACACUCACCAACGCCCCCAAGGCAGCUUUCCUCGGUUCAGUUGCCCGCCACGUCUAUUCCAGAUCCCCCACCGCUUCCCAAGCCCGUUCCAGCGGUACUCACACUGCGCAAAGUGGGCGAUCCACAGUACAAGCCGACAUCUGAAAAGGAUCACAACGGCUCUAAACCCAAUCCGUUUGAAGCGCUGGCGCAACUGCGUGGUGUCAAGAAAAUCCUGGACGCCAAUCCGAAAACCUAUGCAGCAGGGGUGGGAGAUCUAUUCAGCUCAUGCUUCGAGAUGCUAGCGCCGUUCUUCAAAGAACUGGCCGCAAUGCAGAGCAAAGCGGGGGCUCAGGGCGGAGGAACGAGUACGGAGGAAACAUCAACGGGUAACAAGGCUUCGGCAGCAACGCCCAGUGAACCAAAGAGCCUGCCAGUGUCGCCGCAUAUGACGCGCAAAUACAGCGCCAUCGAGCUUCGACUUCCUCAGCGAAUCAGCAAUGCUGCUCCUCCAGCAGUUACCAGUGCUCCACCACCAUCAAUAGCAUUGCCAACCGAUGAGGAUGACUGCGAUGAUUGCAAUUCGGAAGGUGAGGAUCCCGAUGGCGGUGGCAACUGUGCAGAUGCGGAAUCAAGCAGCGAUGACAGCGCCGUGCGUCCGUCCACUGUGCCAACCGCUCGAAAAUACCGCGCGAAUUCCUUGUAUGCGCAUCCGCUUUUUCGCGGCUCCAAUGGCACCAGCAUGAAAAGUACCAGUACUGGUGAAUUCGAGAGUCCAACUCUACUGAAGGCCAGCGCAUCUACAAUCACGUUGACUGCGUCAGUGGGUGCGACCAAUUCGUGUGAGGAUCUGACUGAAAGCGCCAGAAAAUCAAAAGAGCAAGCGAGUAGCGGUGCAACAGCGGCGGUGCAGGCUUUGCCCACUCCCAUGUCUGGCUGCUCCACCAGGUUGGUGGAAACCCCGGUGUCCGUUUCAUCCUGCACUGAUCUUGAGCUCGACGAACUGAAAAACACCUGCGAUCUGAACGAAUUGAAGAACUCGUGUGAGCAGCUUCCCUUGAAGACAAACCUAACGAGGCGGGACUCUAUAGAAAGUGGCUUCUUCUCGUGCUUUAACGAAGAGUCCGAUGCGGCGAUAACCAACAACAGUUUCGGACGGCAGCUGAACGGGAUUGGAUCGUUGGGGUUUGGUUGCGGCGGCGGGGGCAACAGUAGCAACUGCUGCUAUGAGAAAUUGAAGACGCAGCUUAUGCUCGAUGCAUGCGUCAGCGCAGAUAGUGAAAUCAAGUUAAACACAGCCACGGUAUAAAUAUCGAGCACCUAACGCACAAGCAACCGAUAAACUGGCGAGUUUGUGUCGCUGCUGCUACUACGCCACCUCGACAUCGAAUGCCGCCGUAACUGCAGCCGCUGCUGCGGCCCAGCAACAACAGCAGAGCCACUUGCUCAACGAUACGUCCUCGACCUCAUCGUCGGUGCUGCUGAUCGACAAUGAUCCCGCUGUGAUCGGUGGAAAUACCUCAUCAUCCACAGCGUUGGACUCGAUGGAUGACUUGGACGCGGACAUUGUGGCAUCGCGGCGCACACACCAGCGACGAUACACUUGCCACCAUGCGUUGCUCAGCGGGAAUGGCAGCGAAUCCCAAAUGGCGGCUACGGCGAGCCUGAUCAAUCGUCUGGCUUUAGACUCGGAGAUACAUACUCUGCUUCAGCGUAGUCCUUUUGCAACGAAUCAACUAUUGUACUGUAAGAACCGCACCUCGUCCAUAUACACGGAUAGCUCCGAUGAUAUAAGUAGCUUGGCCGGCUCUGACUCCCUGCUCUGGGACGACCGCUCCUUCACGGCACUGCCCAGUACAAGAUCCGCACAGAUUGCCAAGAUAGUGGAGUAUUUUGAGCGAAAGCGACAGGACUCCUCGCCGCCUUCGGUGCACCAUCGCAAUGGGAACGGGACGGUAGCAGCUGCUGUGGCUGCCUCUGCCCUGGGUUCCAACUACCUUUCGUACGAGUCGCGUCGCUAUUCGGACUUCAAGCGGCACCUGAACGCGGAUGGCCUGUGCUUCGAUCUGGACAAGAAGCCGGCGCAGCAAAGGAUGAUGGUGUGCGAGGGUGCGGUCAAGUCGAAGCUUCCCAUAUUCGAUAAAAAGAAGCAACAGCAAGGCGGCUAGCUGUGGUGGGGACCUUGUGAUGAAAACCCCGACCUGAUUCAUAUUUAAUAACUUAUUUCUUCGAUUCUUUGAGAUUUUUAUCCCCAUACACGAUUCCUUUAUACCUGGCAGUACCACUUGAUAAAAAUACAAAAAAUAAUCGCAAAUAAUUUUGCCCACAAAAGUUGGUUAGUUUACGAUGCCUAAAGGUUUAAUUUGUAAGUAAAUAGUUAUUUCCUUAUUGUCAAGUGUAUAGAGCGCAAUUGUAAGUAAGCCAAAAUGUUCUACUAAAAAUUAUGCACGCUCUUACAAUAAGAAACCCAAUUUCGUUUGUAUAAGUUGAAAAAUUAUAUAUAAUUACCAUUUAUAAGCAUAUAGAUAAACAUAAUCAUACGUCGUACUGGUUCCUAGUCCUUCAAAUUUACUUCGCUACAUACAUUAUGCUAAAUAGCGAGUAUUCAAAAACCAAUCAUGGAAAGUAUUUAUUCUUAAUAAUUAUAUCUGUCGCUGGUAAACUCCUAUGAAAUGGCAUAGCUGUUCUUUAUGAAUACAUUUACAUAUAAUUUUAAGUUUAUCGCGCUAUUUAUUUGAUUUUGUCUAAACUCUGUAUAAAAAUAUUAUGUUUAAAAUACAAUACAACAAAUAUACACACAUUUAUACAUAAAAUGGCAUAUUGCAAUGUAUACAUUUUACCUGUAACGAUUAAUUACCGCGUAAGGUCCAAUUUAAAUAAUUACAUAGACUUACCGACUUGAGGUUUUAAGACUUAAAGCCCCCUUUCCCUCGAAAAUUGUACAGAUGAUCCCGGAUCGAUUUGAGAAGCAAGAACACUUAUCAUUGGCCAAUCCCGUUCGGCUUAAACACGACUUAUGACUUUAGUUUUAGAUUCAUACGUUACAAAUAUGUGGGUAUCUGCAUUACAAAUAAAUACAUAAGUAUACAUUACACCCAGCAGAUCAAUUUCAUAUAUUAGCUGAUAAAUUCAGAUUUUAUAAAGAGUAUUAUGGGACAUGAUCUUUUGUUUUAUUUAUUUCUGUAUGCCCUUUACAAUCGAACUUACAUAUAUUUGGUAAAUUAAAUUUGGCUGCAAUUAUACUUCAAUUAUAACAUAUAUUGCAAGAGCAAGGCGAAGACUGAGCCAUCAUUUUUCAAUUGGCUAGUAGUUUCCAUUAUACUGAUGAUAGGAAAAUAUAUCCGUAAAUUGAAUAUAUUAUCAAGAAUUCUUUAGGAAAUAAUGGCUCCAACUGAAGCAUCUUACUUUACCAACUUAGACACUGUUGAACAGAAAAUUAAAUAAUUAAUUAAGAUAAGUGCGAAUUCCGUGGCAGUUGUAGAUAAAGUACGAUAUGUGUACAUAUAAAGAAGAUUGUUAUGAAAUUUAAGUCGUCCAUUUGAUCAUAACACGUCAACCUCAUUGCAUCGUCUUGUUAAUGGGUUCUAAGUAAAGCCAAACAUUAGAAAAUCAUGAAUUUAAAAUUCAUUUCCGGUUGCCAAUCAAUCAUUUUAAUGCACUUUACCGACCGACUUGGGUCGAUGACGAAUAAGUAUUAUAUAUAUACAUAUAUUAUUAUCAACAUUGAAAUCGCAGUCCAUCCCAGACACAAACGAAAUUAAUUUCGACUUUUAAUAGAUGUUAAAACAACGUAAAUUUAAAAUCGAAGAACGAAAACAUGUCAGGCAAACAAAUAAUUUUGUAAAACUGUAAACUGAAUUAAUGUACUCGUAUAAUAAAGAUACUGAUAUAGUAAAUCCACAG